CUACGUUAAAAAUUGAAAAAGGUCUCUAUACAAGCGAUAUGUUCGAACAAAUUGGUAGUAUAUCAUUUAUAAAUGCAGGCGAAACAUUAGCAAUUAUGUAUAACGUUCCACAUCGAUUUGAUAUUGCACAUAUUCGUGAAUCGGUUUUUGCGAAACAAGCAGCAUAUUUUAACGUGAAAUGGGAUGGACCGAUAACAGAUAUUAUUCUUUCCGAUACAUUACAAACAAAAAAACCGAAGGACUUAAGAGAUGAUCAUGUUUUUGAAAAUAUAACAUUACUUCAGUUUGUUGAUAUUGAUAAUGAAUUGAUCAUUUAA